CAGAAGGUAGUGUGCUGAGACACUACAGGCAAGUACCAAGGAUCUGUACAGGUGUCCGCGGCUGUUUCCCACCACAAGCACCAAGCUACAGAAUGUCCGUACUAUCCAGUCAAGGGGUGACAGUGUCAGUGCUGCUGCUGCUGCUCACGGUACAUGCUGUUGCUGGACAGAACUACCACUUCAGCAACGGUUGGCACGCAGGGAGGAAACGUGGCGGGGACAGCACUAGCUGUGUGUUCCGGAAAGACAUCCUCAUGCUUGUCAACAAGCUGAUCAUGGAGGAAUCCUCUCGUGUGGCCCAUCGCUGCCAGAAUGGAGUGCCUCACAUGGACUUCCCUGAGCCUGAUACAGUGGACGCUGAGUCUGACGGCCAGCUGACCGACAAGAGAUGGAAGUGAAGACCAUGGACCAAGUGCCCCUCCAGCCACCCCCUGCCCCCUUCAGUGACCCUCAGUACAGAAGAUGGCCACGAAGCAACCAUUCAGCAGUCAAACAUCAGCACACCAACAACAACAAAAUAGGAACGAACUCUCAAUGUUUAUUACGUGACCUGAUUAGCUCAAUGCUCCAAUGACCCCCAGAUUGUGCUGAUUGUUUCCUUGCAUGGAAGCUGUCAGGACAGGACAGUCAUUCGACCUGUAGCACAAAACCCCCCCACAGCCUCUGCCAGGUGUGCCCAGGUGUGUCCAGAUGUGUCCAGCUGAUAUCCAGGUAUAUAAGGAGGUGCAUGCAUGUCGGGUAGGAAGCUGACUGGUCAGACGUGUUCAGUCAACGUGUGACUUCAACCCAUGCAUGAUUUGAUGAGGACAGUCAUGUACAUACUUGCUAUGAAAUAAACCUGUUUUCUAUGGAA